GUAAUAUUCUAUUCUAUCGCGCGAACACACUUACUAAGAUUGUAACACACUUACUAGGAUUGUAGGGUCCAUUGACCCAACAAGCACACAGGCGCCAUGCCGGCCACUGUCAAGCUCUCCGCGAUCCUGUUCAAUCUGGGCCUGGCAUUGGCUUUAGACAGAUGUCCCACUGCAGAGACAUCCUACACUGGUGCCACCGGAGCUAAAUGGGCGAUAUGUCCGGAUACGGAUCUACAGGGCAACAGUGUUGCAAUGCACAACAAUGUCGGCUCCGCUCAAGACUGUGCAGCGAGAUGCAAUGCUGACGGGAGAUGCACCCGCGCGGUCUGGGACUCCCAGGGCAGAGUGUGCCAUAUUAAGGCGAACAACAUCCCAAAUGCGAAUUGGGUCACCGAUGGACGCUUCGACGUCAUACGUCUCAACAACGAUUUGAAGGAGGGAACUGUCAUCGCCAAUUGCCCUUUCACCACCGGCAGCUACACUUCGUCAGGUGGUACACGAUACCAAGUCUGUCCAGACACAGAUUACCGGGGCGCGACCGCGCAGGGAAUCAAUGGUGUCACUUCUCAAACCGCGUGCGCUCAACGCUGCGGAAACACAGCCGGGUGCACUAAAGCCGUUUACGACAAGGUCAACCAGUUUUGCCACCUCAAAGACACAGUAGAUGAGGCCACGCAAGUCUGGAACCUGAACAGACAAUACGAUGUUAUCCACGUUGUAACGAAUUACAAUCCCGCAACUCAAGGUCGCUGGACUGACUUGAUCCGACUCCCAUUGAUCCCAGUCGCUACCUAUGCAGUACCAGAGUACCCAGAAUCGUCUCGACUGCUAUUUUUCUCCUCUAAUGGCCUUGAUACUUUUGGAGGUUCUGGCGGAUUUACACAAUUCGCCGAUUUCAAUUACAAGACAGGCGCAGUCUCACAGAGAGAAGUUGCCAAUACGCAGCACGACAUGUUCUGUCCUGGAAUUAGUGCACUCGCCGAUGGGCGUGUCAUGAUCACGGGAGGCUCGAAUGCCGAGGUCACCAGUAUCUGGAGCCCAGAAACAGGCGCAUUUACACGAGGACCCAACAUGGACCAGGCCCGAGGAUAUCAGAGCUCGACUACGCUCUCGGAUGGUCGUGUCUUCACUAUCGGCGGUUCCUGGUCUGGCGGAGAAGGCGGCAAGAAUGGCGAAGUCUACGAUCCAAAGGCCAAUACUUGGACUUGGCUCGAUAAUGCAGAUGUUGUGCCCAUGCUCACAGCCGACCCUGGCGGCCAAUAUCGCAGCGACAACCAUGCGUGGUUGUAUGGCUGGAAGAAUGGCAGUGUCUUCCAAGCUGGACCCAGCAUCAGACAGAAUUGGUACGGAACCUCCAACAGCGGCUCAGUCCAACAAGCCGGCUCCCGCCCCAACACCGACCACCAAAUGUGCGGCACAAGCGUAAUGUACGACAACGGCAAAAUCCUCUCCUGCGGCGGCAGCAGAAACUACGACGGCGCAGAAUCCACUCGCGCGACACACAUCACCACCAUCAACAACGCCUUCCAAUCCGCAACCAACGAACGUGUCGCAGACAUGUCCUGGCCUCGCAUCUACCACAACAGCGUCGUCCUCCCCGACGGUAAAGUCCUCGUCACAGGCGGAAUGAAAUUCGGCGCAAAUUUCAAAGACGCCCCAGGAGUAAUGAAAGCCGAACUCUUUAAUCCCUCUACAAAACGCUGGACCGUCAUGGCCCCCGAGGCCGCUCCAAGAAAUUACCACUCUGCUUCGAUUCUUCUCGCCGAUGCCCGAGUCUGGUCUGGCGGAGGCGGACUCUGCUGGCAAGGUGGGAACUGCGGUAAAGAGAACGACCAUCCAGACGGACAAAUUUUCAGUCCACCUUAUCUUUUCAACUCCGAUGGUUCUGCCGCCGCACGUCCCGUUAUUAAUUCCGUUUCUACGACUUCUGUUCGCGUAGGCGGUAGUUUCAGGGUGCAGAUGAGUAAUACUGCCACUUACACUUUCUCCUUGGUGCGCUUGGGUUCAGCUACACACUCCGUGAACACGGAUCAGCGCAGGAUCCCCAUUACAGGAUCGAGAAGCUCUUCGACCUGGACUUUCCGACUUCCAAAUGAUUCUGGAGUUUUGAUUCCAGGGAAUUGGUUCCUCUUUGCACUGAACAGCAAUGGGGUUCCUAGUGUGGCAAAAACUAUCAAGAUCGGGGUUUGA